AACUUUAUGAGAGGACAAACUACAGUUUUCACUUAAAGCAUCAACAAAACCAUUUAUCAGGAAAAGCUGAGAUCCUAGUUCUUCUAAAACUGCAGAUCUACAGCAAAUCCUCUAGAGGGCGCCACAUCUGUGCCUCAAGACUAAUUAUAACAGGAACCUUUUAAAUAAACAGGAACUAGUUCAAAGUCUCAGAGAGAAAAUACUCGAGAAUAUCACCUUCAUGACCUUCUCAGGUCAAACCAACUCUGAACAAGUAUAACAAAGAGCUGAGGGACCAAGACACUGAAACACAGACUGAUGCUGGUGGAGAAACAAGAAGAUCAAAGUGAAACUUCACUCAGAGACUAAAUGGCUUCCAGAUUAGAGGAGGAUCUCUGCUGUCCGGUCUGUAAGGAGAUCUUUAAGGAUCCGGUUGUUCUGUCCUGUAGCCACAGCUUCUGUAAGGAGUGUCUGAAGAACUGGUGGAGAGAGAAACCAGUACAAGAGUGUCCAGUUUGUAAGAGGAGAUCUUCAAAGGAUCAACCACCCCGUAACCUGGUUCUGAAGAACCUGUGUGAGACCUUCUUACAGCAGAGAGACCAGAGAGCUUCAGAGGAUCUCUGCAGUCUGCACUCUGAGAAGCUCAAACUCUUCUGUCUGGACCAUCAGCAGCCAGUGUGUCUCGUCUGCAGAGAUUCAGAAAAACACACCAAGCACAGAUUCAGACCCAUCAAUGAAGCUGCUCAGCAACACAAGAAGAACCUUCAGGAAACUCUGGAACCUUUGAAGAAGAACCUGGGUCUCAGGAAGAAAGUUCAAGAGGAGUUUAAUCAGACAGCAGAACACGUGAAGGUCCAGGCCCGACACACAGAGAGGCUGAUUAAGGAGCAGUUUAAGAAGCUUCAUCAGUUUCUAGCAGAGGAAGAGGAGGCCAGGCUGGCUGCACUGAGGGAGGAAGAGGAGCAGAAGAGUGGGAUGAUGAAGGAGAAGAUGGAGGCUCUGAGCAGAGAGAUAACAGCUCUUUCAGCCACAGUCAGAGCCACAGAGGAGGAGCUGAGAGCUGAAGACGUCUCCUUCCUGCACAACUACAAGGCUGCAGUGGAAAGAGUCCAGCGCUGCCCCCUGCUGGAUGGUCCACAGCUGCCCUCAGGAGCUCUGAUAGACCAGGCCAAACAUCUGGGCAACCUGGCCUUCAACAUCUGGAGCAACAUGAAGAACAUGGUGUCCUACACUCCUCUCAUCCUGGACCCAAACACUGCUGGUUCAAAACUCUUCUUGUCUGAAGAUCUGACCAGUGUGACUGUAGGAGAGAAACAGAAGCUUCCUGAUAAUCCAGAGAGGUUUGAUGGGUGGUGGUCUAUCCUGAGUUCUGAGGGCUUUAACUCAGGGAACCACAGCUGGGAUGUAGAUGUUGGAGACAGUGGAGGCUGGGUGCUUGGUGGGAUACCAGAGUCUGUCCAGAGGAAGAGAAUCAUAAAGUCUGGAUGGUUGUCUAUACGGUUCGAUGAAGGUAAAUACUCAGCAUGGUCUCCAGCAGCUCCUCGCACAGUUCUCUCAGUACAGAAGAAGCUCCAGAGGAUCAGAGUGAAUCUGGACUGGGACAGAGGAAAGCUGUCCUUCUCUGAUCUGGACACUAACACACACAUACACACCUUCACACACACCUUCACUGACAAGAUGUUUCCAUACAUCGCCACAAGGAAUCAAGCAACAAUCUUACCGAUGAAGAUCUCAGUGAGCAAACAGCAGCUCUGAUGUUCUCAGCAUGAAGAACAUAAAGUCCAAAUAAAACCUUAUUGAUCAGAUUGAAGCUCAGUGUUUUAAACAGGAAACUGGAGAUGAUCUGAUCUGGUCUGACUGAUCAUCUGGUUGCUUUCAGGUCAGCUUCAGAUCUGCUUAAUAAUCUGUCCAGAUGCUACAAACUAAAGGUGACAUGAAGUGGAUGAUGUGGAGUUCACCUGGAGAUCUUUACCUUCCUCUGUGACUGGACACUGACUCCAGGGGUCUCCAUGCUUCACAUCCUGUCUGCGAGCUCGCCUGACCCACAAACACAGAUCAGAACCUGAGAUGAGGUUCUGAAAAGCAUCAUCAAUAGUGUCUGAAAAACAAACUGAUCUUUACAGAAAACGUCAUAAAAACAGUUUAAAGAAGAGGAACUUCUUACCUCUCUGUUGCAUCCUGAAUUAGUUUUCAUUGCACACAUCUGAGAGGAUUUCCUGGAUUAUGAUUGGCUUUCAGGAGGUACAGCUUUAGGUGGUGUCAGUCAAACCGAACCAACGUGGGGUGGAGCACAAGUUAACCUGUGAUGUCAUCUCUGUCUUUAGUGAGAGAGCCAGAGAGCUUCGUUUAGCGAGGCACAGCUGGGAAAUUUGAAGACACCUCGUCUUUGCAAGCUGGGAGCGUUUCUGUGGAUGUUUGUAUCAUGGAAGCAGCCAUGGAGAGGAGAACAUGUAGCGCUAACAGGGAACAGCAUGGCCCGGCUCACUGACCUGUUGCUGGUCGUGGACCUCAUGUUUAGUGGAGCUUCAGGUGCAGCUGGAUGGAGUUCUGACCAGCAGAACUCUGAGGGAUGCAACACCUCAGUAACACGAUUAUUCAAGAGAAGAUGCCAUUUGUUUGUCCUCCUGUUAGUGAUAUGAUGAACUUGUGGUGGGAGCUGUAAAGGUUAGACUGGAGAAGUUUGGUGGGUUUUUUCUAUCUGCAGGUUUUAUGAAUAAAUGUGAUGGUUUAAUUCUAGACUUUAUGAUGCAGAAAGUUGGAGCUGAUGUUCACGUCUGUUUGCUGCCUUCUGAUUGGUCUAAAUGUCCUUCACUUGUUUUACUUUCAGUGUUUGUUUGCACAUAAUUUCAGUAAAGUCCAGACGGUGUAUCUGGGUUAAAUUAGACGAGCAUGUGAACAAUAAAGGCUGCUUUGGUUCAGUUAGAAGAACCUGAAUAUUUCUGCAUCAUCUCAGUGGUGGGAUUAAUCUGCUGAAUUACCUUGAAAACAUCAAAGGGAAUCAGUUUAUUUUCCAGGUGAGGAAACAUGAACACUAAAUGAACAGCAUGACUUCCUGAUAGAAAUAUAUGUUCUAGAUGUUCUGGGUUAAUGGACCUUCUUAUAUCUUGUAGAACAAAGCCUUUUAAAUUCACCAGUUUUGGUUGAGAGACUGAAAGCCAUGACUCCAAUAACCAUUUAGCAUAAUAAGAGUUUGUUCUGUAAUUAUUAACAGUUGGAUUAGAAAAUGAUAAAGCAGGAACAUUAAAAUGUUGUAAUUAAAGCAAAUAAACUUCAGUUCUUGUGGAAUAAAACAUUGUGUUUGUAAUUAAGUUCUUCUGUUAGAUGUGAAAAUGUAGGUUUUCUGUUGGGUGUAUCUGGUUGUUUCCAUCUAAGAUCAUCAUAGGAUUCUGGGUUUGCUACAAAACAGUGAAAAAUAAAACAAUAUUUGUUGAAAAUGCUUUUUAAUUGUGUUGUGCCCCUUUAAGAGAAAGGUAGCUUAAUUGUUAGUUUAUCUGAUUGGUCCACGUGAUGCCCUGAUUAGCCAAUGAUGUUCAUGUUCUAGAUGUCUCCGUAAUGCUGCGGCAGCAGGUAAAUAUCGCGUUAGUUAGUCCAAAACGUGCUGGGUGUGAGUUCAUGAAAACCAUGUAAGUUCUCUCAGUAGAUGUUAUAAAGGUUAAAUACACAGGUUGGUAUUUCUAUAUAUAUUUUAUGUUUAAAUAACACAAUAAUGUAAGCUCCGUUGAUGGCACCCAGUCAUGAGGAACAUGUGGUUAUUGAGCGCCCCCUAGUGGCUUUAUGAAGCGUUUUCUGUUGAAUUAUUUUGAAGUGAUAUUUUAUUUUCUGUAUUUAAAUGGAGCAUAUUGUUUUCUUUGUUUGUAGACCUCAUCCAUAUGUAUUCAGAGAAGAAUUAAAGAUUUAAAUGGA